GGAAGUAAUAAUGUUGUUCUUAAGCUUUCAAGGAAACUAUCUACAGUUUUAAGCAGUUGUCGAUCAACACUCAGGCCCUGAAUACAAACCCGUUUGUUAGAAUUCGUUGUAUAUGCACCAUAAAAAUGCAACAAGAAAGCAAAGCAGUUCAAGAACAAGAACAAGACUUUUCAGAGCCGUGGGAACAGAGUGAUGUUGUUCUGCUAGUAGAAGGGCAGAAAAUCCAUGUGCAUCGUCUGAUGCUGUCAAUGUGUUCACCUGUUUUCUCCCGAAUGUUCUCCGCAGAUUUUAAAGAAAAAGAUGCCGAUGAGAUUCCGCUACCUGACAAGAAAGCUGCUGAAAUAAGAGAGAUUUUGUUAACAGUUUAUCCGAGUUUCUGCAAACGUGUGACAGACAAAAACUUAGAUUUCUUGUUGCCUCUUGCUCGAGAAUACCAAAUGAUGGCUGUAACGCAAAGAUGUGAAGAUUAUCUGUUGUGGGAAUUGGAAAAAAAGUACGAAAUCGACUCCAUUAUGGAAACCCUAAUCGUUGCCCAGAAUUUCUCCUUGGAAAGAGUGAAAACUGAGUGCAUUAGGAAGACGCAAGAUUUAUCCAUUCAGGAUUUGAAGAGCCACGAGUUGUAUGAUCAAAUCGAGCCUCUCUCUAAGAAUCGAAUGGUUGAAUUGCAAAUAGGUAACAUGGAGAAAAAGCUCAGUGAUGGUCAAGCAGAGCUAGAGAAAUCCAAUGCAGAGAUUUUAAAAUUGCAAGGCAAGAUAAAACAGAUGAAAAUAUACGCUUCUGAAGGUUUGCAGUCCUUCGGACCAAUCGCUUCCAUCCUUGGAGGUCACAUCCGGCACGCCAUGCAAAUGAAUUCGAAAUUUCAGGACUUUGCAAUGACUACGGAGCAGCAUUUGAAAACCAUUCAGAACGACAGUUCAGCUCGCGGUAGAUUCAACGACCGCAACAAAGUGUGUUUGCCGUUAAAUGAUGUAUUCAAUCCUCUGGCAGAUCUUCAACGUAGGCUUAUUUCAAUUGCCAAGACGGUGUAAAACUAGAUGCUGAGAAAAAGAUCUUUGUUUAAAUCAUCUUGUUAUUGCAUGGAGUAAUAGUCGUAUUUGUGUGUUUCUGUUACUCUGAGUAACCUACCUUGCAUUUCCAAUUGGCAGUUUUAUUUUUAAAGAUGCAACUGUAGUUACCAAUUGCAGUAUAAUUUUAGAGGCUCAGAGUAACAUUUCUAAAUUAUCUCAUAUCAAACUGAAACUUUUAAAUAGAAUUUAAUCUUUUCUUAGCCCUGCUAUCUUAUUGAAGAUUUACAAAAUGACAAUUUUACCUAUUUUAGACUAUAGCUAUGGGGUUUUUGCCGCAAGUACUCCGAUUUUCUGGAAAGGUUGCAAAACAAAGCAAUGCGAAUAAUUUUAAGAACAAAUCACUUACCGCACACAGUCAAUGAAGAAGAGUAUUUUUAGGCACUGAUCAUACCAGCGUUUUUUAUGUUGAAUUCGCUGAUCGGUUUUUUCAGUUUAAAUAAACCAUUUAGUAUCAUUAUUAUUAUUAUUAUUAUUAUUAUUAUUAUUA